CUCUCUGUGGGAGUGGUCUCCUACAGGUCACGUGGUCUGAGCCUUUGUUGAUUAGAUUCACAGGAGAAAGAGCAGGAGGACAGGAAAAAGUCCCGGUCCAACCGACCUACUGCAUAGCCUUCGUCAAUUGUCGCUGCGCUUCGGUCUGGAUGCUGCUGGAAGCCCCUUCGGACUUUUACCUGGAUCUUUUUGUCCGCGGCGAUCCGCGGUUCUCCCCGCCCGGUUUGAGUGCGAGGCAGCGGGGCUGGGGGAUGGAGGCUCAGUCCGGGCUGUGAGCAGACUGGUUUAAGGGGGUGGUGUGGAGGUGUGGGGGGUCGGUGUGAGAAGAAGCCCCAGGCCCUGCUUUGCUUUGUUAUCCCGGGCUCCAGUCAGCAGCCUUCCUCCCGGCUUUCUCAUCGUGUUUUCCAGUCUGUUUGUUCCCUGGUUCACCAUGGAGCUUUUCUCCUGAGAGACACUGGAAGGAGUUUUUGGAGAGAGGAGGUGAAAACACAUGGACAGCAUUAGGAUCUAAGCCCACAACGUUUCAUACUGCGCCGUGUUUUUCUAUUAAAGGACCAAUCCAGAAAAAAACACAUUCUUUUUAUUUAUUUUCCUCUCUUUGUACCUUUUUAUCCUCCUUCUCCUCAUCCCCCUCUCUUUGUACACCUGUCUAUCCCUACACAUACACAUCUGUCGCUCUGUUUUAAGAUAUAUCUGUAUUUAUCUCCAUAAACCUGUACCUCCCUAUCUCCUCCUCUUCACCUCCACUGAGCUCCAUCUAUCCCUUUAUCUCCCUUUAAUUCAUACCUUUCAAUCCCAACCGCUCCCCUCCAUCUGCCUCUCUGUGCUUUACUCCUCCCUCCCACCGGCCUCCAUCAUGGCUCCAGAGUGCCGGUUCUCCUGGUUCUGCUGCCUGCUGGUUCUGCUGGUUCUCCCCGCCGCCGUCCGGAGCUCGUUCCCCCGCAGUGGAGGCAGCAGCAGUGUGGACUGUGGGCCCGGGAAAGCCACCGACUGUCCAGAUCUGUCAGAGAAGAAGAGCGACCUGCGAGUGUGUGACGCUGGGACGUGUCGCUUCGGAGGAACCUGCCGCGAGAAUGGAGCCGACAUUAAGUGUGUCUGUCAGUUCCAUAAAAAAUGUCAGUAUUUAAAAAGCUCAAACAUGGAAAGCAUAAAAAAGUUAAAAAAUAUCUGUAAUAAAAAAAAAUCCCAGGAAUUGUUAAUGAUUACAUGUAACAACAACACAAAUAAGACAAUCUUGAUGUUUGUGUUUGUUUCCAGCUGCAUGUGUAACAUUGUGUGUAAUGGCCACAAUGACAACCCAGUGUGUGGCAGUGAUGGCAUCACCUACGACACGCCCUGCCAUGUCCGCGAAGCAUCCUGCCUCAAACAGCUCAAGAUCGACAUCAAACAUGUGGGACGUUGCCAAGAUAAAAGCAGGAAAGAUGACAGCAUGAAGACCAAACCAGACAUCUAUGCUGUGUCCAAGCCUGGUGAGGGUGAGGGGUUUGUGGACAGCCACACCCCCUGUUCUGAAGACUACGCCCAGUUCUGUGAACACGGCCAAUGUGAGAUGAGACACAACCUGCCCACCUGCAGAUGUGAGGCAGCUUAUGGUGGUCCUCAGUGUGAUCAGCUUCUGGACUUCAACAUCCUGUAUGUGGUGCCCAGUGGUCAGAAGCUGCACUACAUCCUCAUUGCUGCUAUCAUUGGAGCUGUUCAGAUCGCUGUCAUCGUAGCUGUGGUCAUGUGCUUCACCAGGAGGUGCACCAAGACAAAGCGUGGACGGCGACAGAAGCAGCACCUUGGUCACUUCCCAUCAGGAACGUCCUCUAGGAUGAUGUAGCUGCUCUUCUUCUGUUUUUGUUCUCUCUCUCAUGUUUUUACAAAAUACAAGUUUAAAUUUUUCGUACCACACAGACUGACUACGUUUUUGAUAUCUCAACUUUUUGGUGCCUCUUUUUUUCCCUUUUUUAAAAAUUAUUUUUUUGAAUUUCUGAAAGGGGCCUUAUUUUGAAGAUUUUCCUCCAUGUUUGAUUAUUAUUAUUUUUUUAUUUUUUUUGUCUGCAUAUGAUUUUAUGUUUCCCAUCAGGCGGAGCGAAAACGUUUGUGUUUGUCGUGACGCUGCCGUCCUCUCAGACUCUGAAACACUGUGGAUCCUCCGGCAGGAAACUCGAACCUUAUUUUUCUGAUUGUAUCUUCACUUUGGACCAUCCACAUACAAGCUGGGAAAAACACAGAUUGUCCCUUUUUCUUUAAGCCCUGUGGGACGCAGGCUGAUUAUGUAUUUUUGUUUGUCUUUAGAUUUAGUCAGGAUCAUGGAAGUAAAAGCUAUUUAAUACCCAAUUCUGAAAAAUUUAACAACAUCCUGAAAACUUAAUGAUGACAUUUAAAUAUGACAUCUAGCUGAAUGUUCGGGGUUUAGAUUUCCUUCUUUUUCUCAAGCUCUACAAUUUCAAAAACUCAGAUUUCAAGUUUUUUUUUUUUUUAGUUCAGUUAAGUUCAGUUAAAAAAAUAAAAUAAAAUCUGCUGCUGAAAUUUGAUUGGUCAAACACACAUAGUCUCUCUGGGUUUUUAGCCAGGAAUAUAGAUUCUGGAAAUUUGUCUGGGAUUUUCAAAAUAAAAUGUUAUAAAUUACAAAUUAAGUGAUAUUUAAAUGUCAACAUUAAGUAUUUACCAAUGAUUCAAUAUCAGAAUGAGGUAUUCAGUUGCUGAGUUGCUUGCUGAGAUUGAAAUUACAGUUGUGAUCAUUUUUUUCUUCCAUAGCUGGAGUAUGCCAUCAAUAUGAAAAAUAAAACAAUAGAUUUGUUUGCUUUUCUUCGUUUUCUCAUAGUGGGAACAACUUUUCUUUUUCUGUUUACUUUGUGUAAUGAAAGCCUUAAUACUCCAGGGGGCGAUGUGUACCAGGACUACAGGAUUAUCAGGGACCACUGUAGCCCUCCUGGGUAUUGUUGCUGAAGAUGAAUCUGAUGGCUUGUAUUCUGUUUUGCUGCAUCACACAGGGUCAAAAGUCAUUUUUCAUGCCACCCAGAUAAACUUUAUUUUACUUUUUUUGUAUCUGUAAUGAUGAGACGCACCUAAAAACCAAAAUGCUGUUUUUUCUACUGCUUAAAAACUGAUAAAAAGUACCAGCUGACAUGUACAGGUUGUUUUAAUUAUUUUCUUGCUUCAUUUUCAAAUGGCGCCAUUCAGGAAUGGAAUCCAGUGGUUUUUAUUGUGUGUUUUGACAAGCUGAUGAUAAUUUAAAAUACUUUUUCUUAUGGUCAAGUUUUUUUUCUGUUUUUUUAUAUAUAUAAUUUGUGAUGAUGGUACGAAGUGUUCGUGUUGGUCAUUUUAUUGUGGUAGAAGGAGUAGACUCAAUAAGCUGCGAGGUUCCCUGAAGUAUUGCUGCACUGGGAUCAGAUUUAAUUGAAGCUGAGGUCUCGGUCCUGUGACGCCUGAGGGAAUCCAGGCUGAUUUUGCUGUAGAUGUUGCGUAAUGCAUGAACCAGUUGAAGUUGUUGUUUAGAGCUGUUCUGUAGUUGAACUAGAAUUAAAUUAUGAUGUUGGAAACCACAA